AUGUCAUUCACUUGUGACCUUUGUGCCAAAGAAGUCAAGGGUAUACCUAAUCAGUGUGCCCUAUGUGGUUUCUGGGUUCAUAAUAGUUGUGCUUCUUUGCCGCGCACACUCAAAGUUAUACGUCACAAGCACCUCCUCCAUCUCACCCAUUCUUAUCUUGAAGUUGGACUCUAUCAAUCCGACUCCCGAUUUUGUCAGCUCUGUGUUCAAAAAGUGAACACAAACUUUGGGUUUUACUAUUGCUCCAGAUGCGAUUUCGUUACUCAUCUCGAUUGUGCUGCAGACUACAGAAAUAGGGAGAACAAAAAUCUGCAGGAACUUAUAGAGGGGGAGAAUGAAGAUUUAGAGCUCGAACAAUCUGCAGCUUACGAAGUCAAAAAUAUCAAAUUGGGGGAGGACGGAACUGAAAUAGCCGCAAAAAUCCAACAUUUCAGUCAUGAGCAUGACUUAAAGCUUUCGGAUGAUGAGGUUCUGAAUAAUGAAAAAUGCGACGGGUGCAUACAAGCAAUUUUCCCUUCCUUUUAUAGUUGUGUAAAUUGUAACUUCUUUCUACAUGAAUCUUGUGCUAAAUUACCUAGAAAAAAACGUCACCCACUUCAUGAACACCCACUCACCCUCUUCUCAGAAUUGGGUUCUAGGAGAAAUAGAAUUCAGUGUUAUGCUUGUCAGCACCAUUGCAAUGGCUUCACCUAUUGCAUAGAAUCUAAACAUAAUUGCAGUUGUUGUGAUUCUAAAAUCUCCCCAAUAUUCUGUUGUACCACUUGUGAAUUUGCUUUGGACUUCAAAUGUGCUACACUACCACAAACCGCAAGGUACAAACAACAUGAGCAUCCCUUCACUCUCAAUUAUACUGCUGAAGAUGACUCCGGAGAAUAUUAUUGUGAUAUCUGUGAAGAUGAACGAGACCCAAAAUAUUGGUUCUACUAUUGUGUAGAUUGCAGUUAUCCUGCACAUACCAAAUGCAUUCUUGGCAAAAACCCAAAUCUCAAUUUUGGUGGACAAGAUGAAUUUGUGUUUGAAAAUGAAGAGGAAAGCAACAUAGGCGACAUCUUUUGUGAAGAAUGGAAGACUAUUAUUAGAGGAGCUAAUUACCUUUUGCAAUGGGAAAGCAAUUCUAUUUGUGUCUUCUCUGCUGAGGAGCUCAUAAGAGCAACAAACAACUAUGACCAUCGUCAAUGUAUUUUUCAGGGUAGAGAUUUUAAGUUAUUCAAGGGUUCUCUAGAAGACCGCUUACUUUCUGCUAGAAAGUACUACACUGAAGAAAAAGGAUUUUCUGUUAUGGAGGAAGUUACACUAGGCAUUAUUAAAGACAUUGUGGUGGGAUUGCAAAUGAGUGUCCACCAAAAUGUUCUAAAACUCUUAAGAUGCUGCUUAGAGACUAAAUAUCUAACUCCAAUGUAUGAAUUUGUCAGGGAUAAAAUUCUCUCCAAUUAUAUCAACCCAACUAGGUCAAUCCACUUUGAGCCCUGA